AUUAAAAUAAGGAAACAUGUAAAGUUGUCCAGAAAGGUUGGAAUUACAAUCAAUUAUACAAAAAUGCCGGUAGAGAGAAGCAAAACUAGGCGAGGGAAAUCUGGUGGGUGCAGAACCACGAUUCCCCAAGAGUUGCAGAAGUUAGCGAAAAAUAGAAAAUAUGCAUCUUUAGACAAAAGACUUAUCUUUGCAUUGCGUCAGAACAAAUUGAAGGAGCUUCGAACGAUCAUUUUGAAUAAGCUACAUAAUCACUGGAUAUGGAAGAGGCGACAACACCAACGUCGUAAGCGCAGAGGAUGCCUAGCCCGACGCCUUUACAAGAAACUGGUGAGACAACUGAAGCGCGCGCUCCGAAAGGAAUAUGACAUUCUCGACGACCACAAGGCGAGGCAAAGGCAACUGAAGAGCGAGCUGCAAAAGCUAAAGGAAGUGGCACGGAGCUCCCCACAUAUGUGGAAAUACUUCCGCAAGCAUAUUCUUCGUAUGGAAUUAGCCUUCGAUGGGCUGCUACCGCUGGAGGAUGCAGAUAAGGAACUACAGAUAACGCAACAAGCACUUCGCGGAAAAAUUAAGAAAAAAAUAAGGUUUUCCGAAGAAACGGCGAGUUAUCUGAAUGUUGCGUUAAGCAAAAAAGUGAUUCAAAAACAGCAAUUUGGUUUGCGUCAAGUACCAUACAGUGUACCUAAUCGGCGCGAGGAUCAGGCAGAUCAAUUGAAGCUUCCCAAAGGUUCGCGUAGGGCGUUCAAAAAAAAGAAACUACAAUUGCCAGAAAUUCUAUUGAAUAAGUUGGCGGCUCGCGGCAAAGAGAGGGCGCUUAUAAAAGCCUUUCUCAAAACGCUCAGAACUGAAGGGACAACUGAAGGCGAUGCUCAACAGAUGAACAAAACAUACAAAAGGAGAAAGGACGGUACGGUGGACGACAUUAUGGCAAACAUUGAAGGAAUCACCUCCUUAGAAGCAGCCGGUCCUCUUGAAAAUGUGCCAUUAAAGAAAAUACUACACGGAAUGAAGAAACGAAAAGGCAAAACUAUGCGACAGGAAAUGGAAUAUCUGGCAAAGCAAGAAAGCGAAACAAAAGAACGAAGUCCAUUUCUCGCAAGAAAACAAUCGAAAAAAGUGCAUAAAAGGCGCUCCCUACUCGGUAGUCUGAAUUCUUUAUUGCGAGUUACGAAUACGGUUAAGCGGAGAAAGGCACACAAUUAUAAGCCACUCACGCCGGGCGAUCAUACGAAAUCCUUUACUAGUGAUGCCAUGAUAAAUGCAUUACGCCAUAUGAAACGUAAACUAGAACCAGAAUCAAACUUAAAGAAUCCGCAGAUGCAGUCGAGCAUCACUUCCUUUGACAGUGUUACUAUGAUGGCAAUUUUACACGAAGAGACAGAGGAGAAGCCAAAAGAUGAAGUUAAGGAGACGGGAAAGAGAACAAUCCGCUUGCAUGGCCCUAACAAAGAAAGCACUACACAAAAAAGAAUUAUUUUCAAAGAACUGGACAAAGUAGAGAGCCUUAAUAUAAAUGGUUCAAAAAUAACGCAAAAAUAUAGCAAACUAUUGCUAGAAACAAAUAAAAGUGCCGAUAAACUACACACUUCAACUGGAGGGCAACAAAUGGGCGACAGUUUAGACUUCAAAAAAAGUAGCAGCAGUUUGAAUAGACUAUAUAAAAUAAAAAAAGCAUUGGGUCUGAUAUCAAAGCCCAAAAGAAGAGCCACAAAGAGUCUUAGUAAAAUGAAAACUGCGAAAAGAUCGUCUGAAAGGCAGCAGGAUGGCUUUCGAGAACUUACAGAUUUAAGAUCUGAUACAAAACUGGAGAGAUUAUACGAAACAAAGGGGGACACAAAUAUAGAUCAGAAACACAAAAAUGCAUCAGGGGACCAUGGAUACUUGGACAGCGAUACCAAGCCGGAGAUGACUAAGGAUCAACGAACAAAGAACGAUGGUACUAGUAGGCACAGUGGUGAUUUGAAACUGGAAGGAAGGAAUUAUACAAAAAAGCUAAAGGGAAAGAAAAGAGGUAAACAGAAAACUAAGCGGCUGUCCAAGGAGUUAAAAGGUUCUGACCAGUUUUAUAUUCCGGACACAAUAAAGCAAGCGAAGGAUACUGGAAAAAAAGGGAAAAAAAGGAAAGCAAGCUUAAUUGCAAACGACGGUGAUAUGUUAUAUGUCAACAGAUCUUCUAGCAUUAGCACAGACCUCUUGAUAGGCCGCAAAAAAGUAGUCACAGCUCAUGCCAAAUUUGUUCCGAUGCCAAUGAAAAAGGCAUCCCACACCAAGCAACGACCUCGUUUUGGCGAGCAAUUUCCUGACAAAGACGCUUCCAAAAAGGUAAAAUAUCCAAAAACUCCUCGUGCUGAAGUAAGCGUUUCUUCGUUUUGGGAUUCCACCCCGUUACAAACACCGCAAAAGCAAAAUCCCACCCACAGCAUGGUCUCUUUAUAUACCGAAGAUUCUUUUGAAGUCACCAAGGAGCAGCAAAAAUCGGUAACUUCUCUUCCAUUAACUCCAAUACCCCCUAUACAACCAACUCCUAAGCCGAGCAAACAAAAUCUGGUAUCAGGAGAACAACUGAAAGUAGUGGAAAAGGGGACCUCAACGGAAAUAAAAGAUGUCUCCUUGGGAGAUCCCCCUCUUGCAACUUCCUUAUCACAGACACGUACCAGUCUUGACAACAAACUGAGCAGACGCAGCUUGGCGUGGCUUAAAUCACAAGAAGAGGAAGGUUCCAUUGAUUCACCUAAUUGGAAAGCUGUUUUUAAGCCAGCACCCGAUAUAACACAAUCACAGACGGAAAUCUUUAAGCGUAAUGCUGAAAAUCAUAUGUUUAACGAGGAAUUGGAGAAGAAGCUCCUAAGUCUGCAGGAGAUAUCAAGAGCUGAACUGAAGCAUGGCAAACAGCAAAAGCUUUCAGAAGAAACAGCAUCUCCACAUACGGAUAAAGUUGACCAUAUUGACGCAACAAAUCUUCCAAUAGAACUGCAGAAAAAUAUAUCCGCAACGCAGGAACCGAUUGUUGAUGAAAAUCAAGAGAUGCUGGGAAAGCUCACCAACGAUUUGGAAUCGGGUGCCCUAGACGAAGAUCUGCAUGAAAUUGUGGGCGCUAAGAUGGAUGAGUACAAGCGCGUUUACCAAUUGCUUUUAAUGCGAAAAGUUCCUAAGAACGCAGAAGACAUUCGCCUCCUUAAAAACUAUACGCGUACUCCGGAAAUGUACAAUGACACUCUAACGAAACUGUACGAGAUGCGUAUUUUAAAGUCACAAACAUCUUUCGGAGUGUCUCUCGUAGAAAUGGAUUACGACCGCACAAUGGAGGCAUUAAACAAGCGCCAUCGUCAGAUUCGUCUCGGCCGCACUACCAGCGGAAUAUCUCUGAACAGCUUGCAGUCCCCAGACGAUUCAUUCGAAGACAGCCCACCAGUCUUGGAAGUUCCAAGCUACGACCCGAAAACAGUGCAGCUUCGCUGGGCCAGGUACUUUGCUGAGCAGCAAAAAACACCUUUGGAGUUGCUGCUGGAGAAACAAAAUCACGAAAAGGCCCUGAGAAAGGCGCAAGAGCAGCGUCUGCGCUUGAUACGUGACGAGCGGGAGCGGCAGCGACGUCAUCAGCGUCACGGUCAUAAGGGCCGCAUUGAUCUCCAUCGACAGUUCAGUCAUCCGCGCAUGACAACUCGUGAGCGGGUUGCACAUGAAUUGGCAUCCGGAUCCACGCUGAAUGCGCUUGUUAGUCCGCCAGUGGUCCCGAAAAUUAAGGUAACCAAGGUGCACGACGUCUGUUCCGAGUGCGGGCGAAUUAACUGCUACCGUACUGAGAGCAAGGCCUCGCUGAUCGACGAUGUACAUAUUACGGAGCAAAUGAUUAGCCAGUUCAAAUAUUUGCGGCUAGCGCACUAGCGUUAUCGGCGAGGUUCACAAUGUGCGUCCUGCACAUUUCGUGCCAAGGUCUUAGAUUUUGAUCCUUUCCCUUAAUGUGCAGGACACAUAUACCAAUGCACAGUAUUACACAGUCGGGCUGUUGUUGUUACGUUCGAAAAGGGCUAACUGGGCUAACCAAACAUACUUUAGACAGCAGAUAAUUCCUCUUAGUGAUUUGAAGUUUUGCUGAAGGCUCAGCAGACCCCAUCGUUCUACCUAUGUAGGCUUUCGGUCACUUGGAUUUUUAAUUCAUACAAGCAGCCCAUUUAUCAA